AUGGAAACCCAGUCCCAGGCCAGUUCCGCAGCUGAGAAGAAGAAGAGGGUGGAGACCAUCGUGGCGACCAAGGGCUCGUCGGCGCGCAAUGACAUCAGCGAGAAGGCGGUGGCCUCCAGCACCACGUCCAAUGAAGAUGAGAGUUCGGGUACGCCGUACCAGCGUGAGCGGCGCAGUGCUCUGAGCUCGGAGCGCGGUGUGAGCGAGGAGCCCUCCACUUCAACGGAGGAGCGGCCCUCGCUGCUGAAGAAGGAGCUGCACGGCUCCCUGCCCCACCUGGCUGAUCAUGCGCUGCCCUACCGGGGGACCCUCUUCGCCAUGGACCCCCGCAAUGGCUACCUGGACUCGCACUACGCCGCACCGCAAUUCUUCCCGGCCUUUCACCCUCCGGUGCCCAUCGACGACAGACACUCGCAGGGUCGCUACAUCUACGAGCCGUCCCCUGUACCCCCACUCCACGUGCCUCCGGCGCUGACGGGCACCCCGGCUUUCUCGGACAUCUCCCUCAUCCGUAUCUCGCCGCAACGGAACCCUUCGGUCGGGGCCGAAACCCCCUUCCACCUGUCGCACCCGUACAACAACCACUAUAUGGACUACCUCCGCUCCCUGCAGCCCCUCGCCAGCCCCUCCAUCUCCGUGCUAUCGGCCACCAGAGGCCUCAGCCCUGCCGACGCGCCUCAUGCUGGCCUGACGCCAUCCGAGUACUACCACCACCAGAUGGCGCUACUAGCGGGCCACCGAAGCCCCUACUCGGCCGAUCUGCUGCCAUCACUGGCCAACACUGCUGGGGCGAGCGCCGCCGGUGCCCUCCACAUGGAGUACCUUCAAGCCAUGGACAGUUCGCGCUUCUCCAGCCCCAGGCUACCGUCUCGGCCCAGCAGGAAGCGGCCGCUGCCCAUCUCGCCGCUGUCGGAACACAGCUUCGACCUGCAGACCAUGAUCCGCAAUUCGCCCAACUCGCUGGUCACCAUGCUCAACAACUCGCGCUCCAGCUCGUCCACUAGCGGAUCUUACGGACACCUGUCGGCCGGAGCCAUCAGCCCCGCGUUGAGCUUCGCCUACCCGCCGACGCCGGUGGCCCUGCACAUGCACCAGCAGCUGAUGGGCCGCCAGCCGGGCAUGGUCGGCUCCGCCUUCGGCCACAGCCCACCGCUCAUCCACCCGACGCCGGCCUUCGCCACGCAGAGACCCGUGUCCGGUUUCACGGCCGCCGCCGGGCUCGCCACAAGCGACCGCUCGGCCGUCUCUGGCGACUCCUCGCAGAUUAAACCUACCAGCGAGUCUGCAGUGAGCAGCACCGGUGACCCGAUGCACCAUAAGCGCUCUAAAAUGAAGCCUGAGGAGGAGAUGCCCAGCCCGGGAGCGCUCAGUUUACAGGAUCACCCCGACGGUAUGACGUUGGUGAAGGAGGAGGGCGACAAGGACGAAGGCAAGCAUGAGCCCGAGGUAGUCUAUGAGACAAACUGCCAUUGGGAGAGUUGUUGCCGGGAGUUCGACACCCAGGAGCAACUCGUUCAGCACAUCAACAAUGACCACAUCCACGGUGAGAAGAAGGAGUUUGUGUGUCGCUGGGAAGAAUGCUCCAGGGAACAGAAGCCCUUCAAGGCCCAGUACAUGCUGGUGGUCCAUAUGCGGAGGCACACUGGCGAGAAGCCUCACAAGUGCACGUUUGAGGGUUGUACCAAGGCUUAUUCCCGUCUGGAGAAUCUCAAGACUCACUUGCGCUCGCAUACAGGUGAGAAGCCUUACGUGUGUGAGCACGAAGGCUGCAACAAGGCCUUCUCAAACGCCUCGGAUCGAGCCAAGCAUCAAAACCGUACGCACUCAAAUGAGAAACCCUAUGUGUGUAAGAUCCCCGGCUGCACCAAGCGCUACACCGAUCCAAGCUCCUUGCGCAAGCACGUCAAAACGGUGCACGGGCCCGAAGCACAUGUCACCAAAAAGCAGCGUGGGGACUACCCACGGCCCCCUGCGCAACCUCGCGAACCGGGCUCCAAUGGACAGGGCCACUCGCCAGGGCAGCUCGGCUUAGGUGGUUACGCGGACCAAAGGGAGUACAGCAACCACGUUACCUCGAAGCAGGACGACUGUCUGCAGGUCAAAUCCAUCAAGACGGAGAAGCCCAUGACGUCUCAGCCAAGCCCUGGCGGUCAGUCUACAUGCAGCAGUGACCAGUCCCCAGUCAGCGUCCAUCCCAGCGGUGGAGUCCAGCUUACUGUGAGCGCCGGACGCUCGCCAGGGGAGGGGUUAGAUGAGGAGGAUGAGGACGAGGAGGAGGAAGAGGCAGAGGAGGGAUGCCGGGUCGCGCCGGCGCCCAUUAUGGACUCCACUGUCUCCACGGCGACGGCGGCCAUGCUGACCCUGCAGGCGAGGCGUAGCGUGGGCCGCCCCCUGCGCUGGAUGGAGCACAUGAAGAUGGAGAGGCUGAAGCAAGUGAACGGAGCGAUGCCCAGGCUGGGGCCCCUGGCUCCCAUGCCGCCCCCCAAGGGGUCUGCACUUGCCGGCAUCCAGGGGAAGGGAUCCAUCCUGGGCAAGCACUGGUCUUCAUCCGCUCCUCAGCCACCUGCUCACCCUGAGCUAGGCAGUACGACUGAGUUAACGGUGCUCAACUUGUUACGGGACCGUCGCGACAGCAGCGGGAGCGCCGCUAGCUCGGCCUACCUGAGCAGCAGUCGGCGCUCGUCGGGCAUCUCGCCGUGCUUCUCCAGCCGCCGCUCCAGCCAGGCCUCCCAAAACGAGGGCGUGGCAGCCGCCGCCCAGCACCGCCGCCUUCACAACCUCAGCUCCACCGACUCGUACGACCCUAUCUCUACCGAUGCCUCCCGCCGCUCUAGCGACGCCAGCCACUACGGAGGCGGGGCGCAUGGGAGCGGUGGCGUAUUAUCUGGUGGAGUCUGUGGAGGCGUUGGAGGUAGCGGGGACGCGGGAGGGUCCCGAGGGAUGCUCACUUUAACACCCGCGCAGCACUACCACCUGAAGGCCAAGUACGCUGCUGCGACCGGUGGUCCGCCACCGACACCGCUACCCAACAUGGAACGAAUGAGCCUCAAAGCUCGCAUGGCCAUGAUGGAUGAAGGCGGAACCAACCAUGCUUUGCCCCCCCUUGUCGCGCCGCACCGCUGCAACGAUGCCAACAGGGUCAUGGGACAUUCAGGCCACAGGAGGAGGGUCCUAUACCCCGGCGAGGGUCCUGUGUCAGGCAACCGGAGGGCCAGUGACCCAGUGCGGACGCAGCCUUCUGACAUUUGCGUACUACCCCCUGUCCAGCGCUUCAACAGCCUGAGCAACCUCCACCCUCUGCCGCCUCUGUCCCAGCAGCAGCCACCACCCAUCGACACGCGCAACCUGAGCUUACAAAACUACAACCGCUCUGAGGGGAACCUGCAGAGGAGCUUGCAACACCCCACAUACACUCCAAGCAUUGCGGAGCACGCCGCAUUGGAAGCUCUGGCCAUGGAAGGUAACGGAGAGGCUUACUCAUUUCUGGGUGAUGAAGAUAUCCUUCCGGAUGACAUGGUACAGUACCUCCGCUCCCAAGUUCAGGAAGACGGUGGCCCCUACAUGCACAUCGAGGACCAAAUCGUCUCAUGUGAAAGAGAGCGCUCGCAACACUUGGUGGAUGGGACAGAGGGGGUGAACUUCCAGGCCAACCACUGCCUCCAACAGCAGCAGAUGGUCCAGAGGAGGAGCCCCAGCUUGCUCCCCGUCCAGUGGAACGAAGUAAGCUCCGGUAGCGCCGAUCGCUCGCCCCAGAGGGAUCGCAACUGCGUAAAGUGGUCUGGCGGACAGGUUGCUUCAGAACCUUUUGGCAGGUUUGGAAACAUGGUGGUGCAACAGAACGCGUCGUUGAGUGUCCACGGCAGUUGCUCUCAGGUCAACCUAACACAAGGUCCUGUUGGGGUGAAACUGGAGACGUCUCCCAACACGUGUAUGGAAAUGCAAGGAGCCCCACCCAAUACCUUUGCCAGACCUCACUUCCCCAAGACCACUGAUGAAUCUCUGUACCAACCCUGCAGGUCGCAGAACCACUUCCAGCAGAAUCUCAACAGCAGAGUCACAUGUCACAACCAAGGUCGGGCUUCUAUAGAAAAUCUCCAAAGCCUCUCCCAGGAUAAGGUCCUUCACUCCAAUCAGCAAGGACUACGCCCUUUUGUCAACACAUACAGGAACUCUGUAAGGAACCAUCUCAACCAGAGAAGCUGCACUGAAGUCCCGCAGCAACUGCAGAAUGGUGGGACGCUCCCCUCCCUGAAACUGGAGGCUCCAGAACACGGAUACCUCCAGCAUGGCUUCAGUGAUCCCAUUUCCUUCCAGCAAACGGAUCCUAAGACAGCCUCAUUCCCAACCGUGGAAGACCACUACUUGCUGGACACCAUAGAUGGCAGCAGCGGUCCGGGUGACUCCAUAUCCCUCUUGUCUCCUGCCUCCGACCAAGUAACCAGCACGGUAGAUGGCACGCUGGUGCCCACCGCUGCGUUGGACGACGCCAUUGCUCUGGAUUUUGACGCCAUGAUAGAGGACGGCUUCGACCAAGGCAGUCUGGUUUCUGGCCCGUUGAGCCCCUCCAUUUUGCAGGGUCUCUCCAGGACCUCUUCUCGGCUGACAACCCCGCGGGCGUCGGCCACGUUCCCGGCCGUGGUGGCCCCCGGCGUCAACAACAUGGCCAUCGGCGACAUGAGCUCGCUACUCAGCACCCUUGCCGAGGAAAGCAAGUUUCUCGCCAUCAUGCAGUAG